AUGAAGUUCUGGUCGUCGCAGUACGUUUUUCAGUACGAUUGGGAAACAGUGGCUUCUGCCGCAUGGCGAAAGUAUCCGAAUCCCUUGAAGCCGGAAGUGACAGGAAUUGACAUUCUGGGCAGAGCCGUAAGCGAUGACGGUGUGCUGAAGACAACUCGCGUGAUCAGGACUGAAUGGCGGAUACCACGUUGGGCUACGAGCUUGAUUGGCCUUGAAAACCCUAGUUAUGCAUUGGAACACUCUGAAGUGUCUGCGAAGAGUAAACAGAUGCUCCUGAAAACCACGAACCUGAACUGUCGGAAUUUCGUAAGCGUUCACGAAACCCUGCAAUACACCCCUGACCCUGUGGACUCAACCCGGACGUUGAUGGAACAAUCGGUUUGCAUCUCUGUUCGAGGCGUCCCACUAAUUAGCUAUAUGGAAAGCAUCUUGACGUCCACGUUUAGCUUUAACGCUGACAAAGUAUGCGUUGUUUUUUAUCAUUAACA